AUGUGCCGUAUGACAAUUACUCCUGUAAAUUCUACAGAUGACUAUUUACAUUUCAAUAAAAACGAUGAAAAUUUUGUAACAAUUCAACUGAAUGAAAACCAAUCUUAUGAAAAAUCAUCAAUUUUAAAAAAUGAUUCACUUUAUACUACAAUUGAUGUAGACAAAACUUUUAAUAAUUACAAUGGAUUGACAAAGUUUCAAUUUUUUUUCUUAAUGCUUUUUAUGACUCACUAUGCUCUUUGUUCAUUGUUAUCUUUUUUCUCUACUGUUUCGGAUAUCAGAAAAUUAUUAUGUUAUCAGGAGCCAUAUUCUAAAGACUUGUUGACAUACAUUAAUGCUAACAUUGGUUUAAUAAUAUAUCUGUUUAUAUAUUUAUUAUUUGCUAUUGUCAAUAUUGUUAAUGCCAUUUUUAUUUCUAAGGAAAUACAUGAUCUGAUUAGAUAUGAUUUUUCAAAAAAUGAGAAAAUUUCAAAAUACUUGAAAUGUUUAAAAUAUACGAGCUAUGUCCACAUCAUGUUAGCUGGAGUUAUUUUGGCACAUUUACGUUGGAAUCCAAAAACAAGGCUUAUUUUAUUUGCUGGAAAAGGCCGUUCCCGGCGAUACUUAAUGAAAAAUUAUAGUACCAAAUAUUAUGUUGCUACUGGAAAAUUUGUCUCAAUGGUUUACUGGAAUUCUUCAGUACCAUUAGUUACAACAUCCAAUAAUAAUAAAGAAAAUCAUGAAGGUUUAUCAAUUAAAGAAAUUCUUCAAAAUUGUCCAAUUUUAAAUGAAAAAUACAUAGCACCAUUAUUAUGGGGUAAAAAUGGUCAUAUACAGACAGGAGCAUACGGAAUUUUAGGACAUCCCCAAUUACAAAGAACAUACAAUGAAAGAUGUUUUGUUGUUUUAGAUGAUAAUACUACAGUUAUUUAUGAUAUUUUUGAACCUAUAUCCAAAUCAUUACAUGAAAAAAAUAUUACUCUUGCAUUAUGUCCAGGAAUAGCUAAUAAUUCAGAGUCAAAUUAUAUUAGAACAUGUGUACAUUAUGCUCAACAACAUGGUUAUAGGAUAGCUGUAUUGAAUCAUCUUGGUUCAUUAAAAGAUGUUCAAUUGACAUCAAAUCGUAUUUUCUGUUAUGGUGGUACUAAAGAAUUGAAAGCUAUGAUGCUUGAUUUAUUUAAAAAAUAUCCUGACAGUAAAUUUAUUAAUAUUGGUUUUUCUAUGGGUGCUAACAUAACAACAAGAUGGAUUGGAAAAUUGACAGAAGAAAUGUCGGAAAAAAUUAUAUGUGGUAUGUCAAUAAAUCAAGGAUAUUGUGCUGUAAAAUCAUCGGUACUUCUUCAUGAUUGGGAAAAUGGAAGGAGAUUAUACAAUUAUAUUAUUACAGAAAAAGUUAAACAAAUAUUGUGGAAGCAUUAUGAUAAAGCUAUAGCUCCACAUGUUAAAUCUGGAUUGAUUGAUGAAGCAAAAAUAUGGGCUGCUUCAUCUAAUGUAACAUUAGAUGAACAUUACCAUAGAAGAGUUUAUGGAUUUAAUUCUGUAGAUGAUUUUUACGAGUGGUGUGGAUCAAUUAAUAGUAUUCCUAAAAUUAAGAUACCUAUGGUUUUUGUUAAUGCAGAGGAUGAUCCAAUAGUUCCAGAGCAAUUGUAUAAUCUAGUCCAAAAUAUUUGUGAAAAGAAAAACAAUUUAGCUCAUGUAUUAACAAAACAUGGAGGUCAUCUUGGAUUUUUAGAAGGCAAAAGUUUGAAGCCAAAUAGUGUUACAUGGAUAGAUAGAUUUAUAGUUCAGUAUGCUGAUGCAGCAGUCACAGCUUAUUAUUCACAGUAUUAA